AUGAACCGCAAUCAACCUCCCGACGGGAAACGCGUGGCGAUUCCUGGCCUCGGACAAGAUCUUCAUGUGAGUUUCUAGUUGUUUGUGUGUGUGUGUGUUUGAUACAAAUCAAUAGAAAAAAGAGUACCUGCGUAUUCACAACCUUCAAGCCAGUUAUCUGGUGAAACCUCAAACUCAUGCCUUUAAGUAUGUUGAGUUAUGAAAGGGAUUCACCUAAACUGUCUUUUUUUUUACCCGCUUGCAUGAAACGCUCUUUUGUGAGUGGCAGUCAAUUGUUGCUCAACUUCUUAGGUGCUAGUGGCAACACGUAGAACCAGAGGUGCCGCAUUGUGCAGGUAAAUUCUCAGCAAAUUAUUUCUUUAAUUUCAUGUUAACAUUGGUUUACUAAUUCAAUCUACGCUUGCUUGCUGUUAUGCAUACCGGCUUGUAGCGACAUAAAAUCAGUUAACUAAUUCAAAGUUUGUGGGUUUAUCCUAAAGAAUUAUCGGAGAAAUCGAAACGUGUGUUGUUGUUCUUUUUGAUAAACAAAUAAACAAAGAAAGAAACAUCCAAUGAGUUCAUUCCAGAAUCCUGAUGUUCUUCGACAUGGUCCUCCACCGGUCGUUGCGCGACUGAGCCCUGAGAUUGCUCAAAUUGUAAAAUAUCCCUUUUCCGAUCUCAAGCGUCUUUUUCAAAAAUUUUCCAGCAGCCGCGUCCGAGACCAAGAGAGCGCAGAACUUUCGAACCGAAUCAGAAUCAGAAUCAUGAAAACCACGCAGAGGUAACUUUGACUAUCAUCUUAUUACAUACAUACUCCCAUUAUUUCUUUCAGGUCCAUCGUGCUCUGUUCGGUGAUACUCUAGUACCGCCUCAAGCUCCUCGUCCUCGUCCUCGCCGCAUCUUCCUCUCACCUCCGCCUCCGCUUGCUGUACAACGUCCACCAGUGGCCAAUGGACUGAAGGUGACUGUCAACAACAUGCAAGUGAAUAUCGAUGGGCGCGCUCCGGAACCUAUAGUUAUGAUCGUUAUUCCGUCACAGGUAAGAUGACCAGUUCUGAUUUAACGUUUCAAGCAAAGACACGCUUGGUGCAAGUUUUUAGAACACUACAAGUUAUGCUUGCCUGAUCAAAGCUUUUGCUACUCAAUCUCCGGCUGAGAAUUUUGGCAAACCAUUGUGUUAAAUAGUUAUUUCUCUAACAUCUCAGCAUUCGUACAUAACAGCGCAUCAUUGAUACUAAGUCGAUAAUUUCAGAGCUUGAACGGCGCCGCUGGUCCCGCCGCACGUCCCGCCGACGCUGGUCCCGUCUGA